CCUGUCUUCCUUCUCUCUUUUUCGCGACGUAAAGAUGGCUGAUCAGAAUAUCCGCGCGUUCCAAAAGCAGUUGGGUAUCAACCUAAACCGCAAGAAUGUAUCCAAGAAGAAGGGUCUGCGUAUGCACCGCAGCAUUGGUCUCGGAUUCAAAACCCCGAAAGAGGCCAUCUCUGGUACGUACAUCGACAAGAAAUGCCCUUUCACUGGACACGUUUCCAUUCGUGGUCGUAUUCUGACCGGCGUAGUUCGUAAAAUGAAGAUGCAUCGUACUAUCGUCAUUCGUCGUGAUUAUUUGCACUUCAUUCGCAAGUACGAUCGUUUCGAGAAGCGGCACAGAAACAUGAGCGUGCAUCUGUCUCCCUGUUUCCGUGAUGUCGAAGCUGGAGAUAUCGUGACCGUUGGUGAAUGUCGGCCACUCUCCAAAACCGUGCGCUUCAACGUGCUGAAGGUCAGCAAAAUGGCCGGAUCUAAGAAGAAGUUCAGCAAAUUCUAAGGUUAAUGCUGUGUUGGCGUGUGGUAUUCG